UUCUGCACAAACAACUUUUUCCUGCGGAGUUUUACGGAGAAUCUGACGCACGGGACGCACGGGUCUGACGGGACGCACGGGUCUGACGCACGGGACGCUUCUGUCUGCUGCGGUUUUAGACGUUUUUCAGUUUUGUACUUUUCUUUUCCAAAGCGCAGUUUGGUCAAAAUGAGCCACGUCGACGUGAAAAACAUCAAACCCACAACUUUUGAGGAGGAAUACUUCGACGAGUACGAAUAUUACAACCUGUCCGACAAGUAUGCGGAGGGUUCGGCGCGGAAAGGCAGGUCCAAGAAGGAGGCGAGCGACAACACGAACCGACCGAACCCCGGAGGACACGAGCGGAAGAUCGUGGAGAAACUGGUGAACACCGAGAAGAAGGCCAAAGAGUGACCCGAGAUUGAGUUGGACGGCUUUUCUGGAAUCGACCUUGGUUUCCACGGCGACGUUUGACGUGGGAGCGCGCCAGCCUCCGAUUGGACGAGGCCCGAGCGUCCACAGACUCCUCCCACCGGGGCCGCGAGCUCCGCCCUCACCUGAGUGCUCACCUGGUCGUCACGGCGACGGGGGCAGGGGGCGGGGCCUGUUCUGCUUGAGGAAGUUUUACCAUUUUUUUUUUUUUGUUUUUUAAAUAAAUGAUUUUAAUAAAACUCGAGCUCGUAUUUCUGUAAGUUUGAGUCGAGUUUGUGAAAGUCAAAUUUGUUGCAAGUUUGUCACUUUUAUUAGUUUGUACGAACAUAAAAUAAAUAAAUGAAAACAAAAAUAAAAUACUUGCACUUUUUCA